AUGAUUUUAAUAACAAUUUUUGUUUGUUUUUGUUUAGCAUCUGCCUUCAAUUAUUUCAAAACGCGUAAACAACGCGCGUUUAUAACCAACUUAAAAGGACCUUUCACAUUUCCUUUGUGGGGUUCCAUGCAAAAAGUGUUCAUACUAUCGUCAAAAAAUUAUUUUAAAAAAUCACAAAAUUAUUUAACCAAUUUUGGUACUCUUUCACGUUGUUGGGUCUUCGAUCGUCUAUUUAUACCAACUGCGGAUUAUGAGUUUGUUACACAGCUUCUGCAACAUGCGGACUAUACUAAUACAGGUUACAACUUACCAAAAUUAUGGCUAAAUGGUAGCUUACUUCUAAGCGAUGGUGAUUCUUGGCAGAAUAGGCGAAAGCUUAUAAGUCACUUUUUUCAACCAAAUUUUUUGGAAACCGCCGUUGAGAUUUUCACUGCCGAAUCAAAUAUUUUAGUUGAACGUUUGAGAUGCAAAAGUAAAGAAAACAAUUCAUUUGAUGUACAUAAUUUCGUAUCCAAAGCGGUUCUAGAUAUUGUUAUAGCUUCGACUUUAGGUAUUAAAGGAGAUGCGCAGACCGAAGAAAUUUCCGAAUAUGCUAAAACAGUGGAAGAUUUAACAGAAAUUCUCAUGGACCGUUUUUUCCAUGCUCACUCUGCUAACAACAUAACAUAUGCGACUUUACGCCCCUUCACAAGGAGGCGUCUAAAACGAAUGAUUAAAACCAUAAAUCACAUUAACCACGAAAUAAUUGAGGAAUAUCGUGUACAAAGCUUAAAUAACAAACUUAAUAAUAAUAAUAAUUUUACAAUUCGAAUAAGCAAUCAUAAAAAAAUAUUAUCAAUGAAACAUACAACUUUAUUGGAUAUUUUAUUGGGAUCAACAAUUGCAUCGGAGUCUUUAACAAAUGAAGAAAUAAGUAGUGAAAUUAAUACAUUUCUCUAUCAAGGCUAUCUAUUCACAUCAUCUGCCAUAUCCUUCACACUUGUUAUGAUCGCUCGACACCCCAGUGUACAAUAUAAACUUUAUGAGGAAAUACAGAAAGUUUGGCCAACAGAUUGCUUCUAUAGUGUCAAUGAACUCAAACAACUAAAGUACCUAGAGUGUGUUAUUAAGGAAACACUUCGUCUUUAUCCAUCAGAACCAAUCAUUUGUCGAGAACUAAAUAAAAACUUUGAAUACACACAUUCUGUUGUUGGUGAUGGGAUCAUUCCUGCUGGUGCCGAGAUCUAUAUAAGUAUUUUUCAUAUGUUGAGGGAUGAAAUGAAAUUUGAUAAUCCUACAACAUUUAUGCCUGAGAGAUAUUUCGAUAUUGAUUCCAACAAUACAAGCAAUUUGACCGCUUUUAGCAUGGGUCCAAGGAACUGUCCUGCUCAAAACUUUUCGAUGUUACUAAUGAAAUGCUUGAUAGCACAAUUAUUGACUGCUUAUGAAAUUUUACCAUAUGGCGAUGAAAUGCGUUUGGAAGUUAAAAUUGUCUUGAAAUCAAGUAAUGGUUUUCAAAUAGGUUUGAAACCUCGUUGAUUAUUUCAUAUAUGAUGUUUAACAUCUUUUCU